GUAAAGCUGCACACAGUGUGGGCUUGGUUAUGCAAGAAGACAGAGCUAGUGCUUCCUGGUGCAGUGCAUUGUGGGAGCGUCACACAUGUACACUGCUGCCCGAGGGAACACUAAUGGUAGAAGCAGGAAAGAACCAUUAAUCAGAAGAGAACUAUUAAAGAAUCAUAGGAUUAAUAAUAUACUAAUCCUUCUGACACAGAGAAAGAGCAUGCUGAAAGGGCAAGGCGCAACAAGGUCAGCAGAUAUGGAAGCUAAAGAUCUCCAGCAGGUCAGAAACGUUAUAGCCUCUGCUCACAAAGACUGCACCCCAGCUCAGAAACUGCAGUUUUAUGACCACUGGGCACAAGAAUAUGAAGAGGAUGUUUCUGUGUUGGAAUACAAUGCACCCCGACUUGCUGCACUUGCACUAGACUCAGUAUGUGAUGCACAUCGGGAGUCCCAGCUGGUCUUGGAUGUAGCUUGUGGAACUGGACUUGUGGCACAAGAGUUGCAGCAUCAUGGCUUUAGGUUGUUCCAUGGUUUGGAUGGAAGUCCUGGGAUGUUGCAAGUUGCUGAGAACAAGGGCUUAUACCAGGAACUAAAGCAGUGCAUGUUGGGUCAGGAGACGUUACCUUCACCCUCUGACAGGUAUGACGCUGUUAUUAUAGUAGGAGCUCUCAGUGAGGGGCAAGUUCCUGUAUCAGUCAUCCCUGAAAUGCUUCGUGUUACAAAGCCUGGGGGCUUUAUAUGUCUCACUACCAGAAGUAAUACCUCAAACCUUCUGUACAAAACUGAACUGGAGCAAGAGCUGUCAAUACUACAGAGCAAAGGAUUGUGGGAUUGUGUUUCUUUACAGGAGGUGGAAAAAUGGGAAAAGGCAACGUCCGAGCAGGAGGUCAUUGGAGAAUCUGACUAUAUCUCUGGUGUUGUAUAUCUCUACAGGAAAACUGGACAUAUCCCAGAAGGACAUGGGUGAUUUAGAACAUCUAUGAUGACUGCUUUUAGGAUAAUUCAUAGUUAAUUUAAUAAGUAUGGAUGAUUUUAUGUAAAGUAAUGCCACUUUCAUUCCCUGUGGAAUUUAGUGAAAUGGUGUUAAACCACACAGGUUUAGCAUGCAUGUGCUUACCCCUAAAUUGAUAAACCCAAAAUGGCUACAGGUCGGUAAACUGUGAGACACAAAUGGGAUUUUCUUUUCCAGCGGAGACACUAUAAACCCCUGAAGAACACAUUGCAAGCCUCUGUGGGGUGCUGGUUUUCACUUUAAGACUGCAUUAAUGUCUAGUUUAAGUUUAUAUCCCAUUAUUCAUGUUCAGUUGUUAUUACUAUAUUACCAUGAAUCGUGCUAAAAUCAUACAAUCAUAUAAAUAUUAUAAAUUAAACCUUGUGGCAACAGUUCUCAUAUAUUUAGCUACAAAUACAUUGUUAUAUAUAAGAAAUUAUGAUUGAGUACUACUAACAGUUUCCUCCGUUAGUACUUACAUAUUUUCCAUAGAUAGAUAUGUUUAGACAUGUUUUUUUCAGUUCAUUUGCCUGUUUUAACCCAUUUCAUAGUGAGUUAUAUAAAUUUACAUAUCACAUUUUAGCUUUCCAUCUUAAUGGGAGGAGAGUCCACGGCUUCAUUCAUUACUAGUGGGAAUUAAGAACCUGGCCACCAGGAGGAGACAGACACCCCAGCCAAAGGCUUAAAUACCUCCCCCACUCCCCUCAUCCCCAGUCUUUCUUUGCCUUUCGUCACAGGAGGUUGGCAGAGAAGUGUCAGAAGAUUCGAAGUAGUCUCUUAUGGAGGGUAGUACUCUUCAGAAUGGGACUGGAGUUUUAAGUAAUCCUGUCAGCCUCUCUGUGAGAGCUUGGAUGAAAGUUAGAGUCCGGAGAUGCAGGGAGAGUCUUUCUGUGAAACCAUCCCGACUCAGAUUAGCAGCUCCAUAGGCAAUCAGCGUUGACGAGUUUUGCUGCCUGCUUUCUGCUUUCAAGUCCAUGUCAGGAGCGAUGCUAUUACCCUGUCACACUAGAAAGGCCGUGUUCCUGUUCCACGUCGUAGAUUCUGGUAAGAUUGUUUCAUUUAUACACAUAACGCAAGAAGACAGGGUCACAGUGUGUCUCCUUUUAUCUGUAUAGAAUCAAGGGUUAAUAUCCUCAGAAAGAGGGUUAUUGAACAGGGGGGGAUUUAUGCAUAAUAUUCUUUAUUGUGUUUAAUGCUGCGAUAUGUGUGAGAUGGGGCUCUGUCAAUGUGUGAACAGUCAGUUUCCUUAGGGAGAUAUCGACACAGCCUUUUUUUUGCUCGUUUUUCUCUUUAGUGCAGGGGUGGUCCUGCAUGGCACUCGAUGUGACCGGGUGUGGUCACAUGGAGUGAACUUCCUCUUUCUUGACUGGCGGUUGCCAGAGACAAAAGCGUUUUCUCUGUGGUCCGGGUCAUAGGAGGUGGUGAGUGCCCCAGCCAUUGGUGAAUAAAGGUGCCAUUUAAUUUCUAUGUCCGCAAUAAAGGCGCAAGCUAUGGAGGACUCUGAUUUGUUAGAGGAUACUCACUCCUUAUACAAAUCUAAUAACUGUGUUCAUUGUGAGGAGGUUCCGGUUGAUCCACCUGCUCAACUAUGUUCCACAUGCUUUGAUAAGAUUGCAAUAUCUAAAAAGAAUAAAAUAUUUAGUACAACUGAGCCGUCCACCUCUGAGGGUUCUCCGUCCCGCAAGGUGCGUUCCCUAUGUUCAUCUUCUAUUACACAUGCAGCUUCUACUGAUCCUCCCAUGGGAGGGGCCCUUUGGCCACCAGAUUUCGCUGAUCAGUUACAAAUGGCGGUUUCUGCAGUCUUCAAUGCCUUGUCUUGCCCUUCGCAAGCGUAAGGUGAAACAUAGCUAUCCUGGUCCCUGUUAAGAUGGCUAAUAUUAUUAAGAACGAAUGGAAGAAACUUAGCUCGACCUUUUCCCCAUCUACUUCUUUUAAAAGUCUGUUCCCUAUUCUAGACUUGGGGGCCAUCACUAAAGUGGAUAGGGCUAUAUCCAGGCUCGCUAAGGCAAAUAUGCAGAUUAUUCGCCUGAAUGCCAAGACAUCAGGUUUUCCUGUUUUAGCCUGUAGGGCUCUGUAGUUAUAGUCGUGGUCUGCUGACAUGACUACCAAGUCUAGAUUACUAUCCCUCCCAUUUCAGGGGAAAGUUCCUUUUGGUCCAGGCCUGGACUCUAUCAUAUCCACGGUCACGGGAGGCAAGGGUGCUUUUCUACUGCAGGAUAAGAAGAAUAAGCCUAAGGGGUCUACUUUUCGUCCCUUUCGUUCGGUAAAGUCCCAACGCCAGCAGCCUGCCGCGAAAACCGAGCAGUCCAAGGGAUCUUGGAAGCCAGCUUAAUCUUGGAACAGGGCCAAGCAGAGCAAGAAGCCCGCCGAGAAAAAAUCAACAUGAAGGGGUGGUCCCCGAUCCGUCUCUGGAUCGUGUAGGGGGCAGACUAUCUCUUUUCACGGACGCUUGGAUAAGGCAUGUUCAGGACCCUUGGGUUCUGGAGGUCAUCACCCAGGGUUACAGGAAUAGGGUUUAAGACUCAUCCGCCCAGUGGCAGAUUCCUCCUGUCAAACCUAUCAUCAAGACCGGAGAAGAGAGACGCCUUUCUAGAGUGCAUGAGGGAUCUCUCAUCUCUCAGGAUAAUCAUUCCAGUCCCUCUAACAGAAAGAGGUCUGGGGUAUUAUUCCAACCUUUUCAUGGUCCCAAAGAAGGAGGGCACAUUUCGUCCGAUUCUAGACCUAAAGUGCCUAAACAAAUUUCAGUUGGUCCCAUCGUUCAAGAUGGAGACUAUCAGGUCUAUUCUUCCCCCUAUUUCAAGAGGCAGUUCAUGACUACAAUAAAUUUGAAGGAUGCUUACCUUCACGUGCCAAUACACAAGGAUCACUUCAGGUUCCUAAUAUUUGCAUUUCUGGACCAACACUUCCAGUUUGUGGCCCUACCGUUCGGCCUGGCGACUGCCCCAAGAGUCUUUACGAAGGUUCUGGGAGCGCUGCUCGCCGUGGCGAGAGCCAGAGGUAUUGCAGUGGCACCUUAUCUGGACGACUUCCUGAUCCAGGCUCCGUCCUGCAGUUUCGCAGAGGACCAUUCGAGGGCUCUUCUUCUCCUUUGAUCUCAUGGAUGGAAGAUAAACGAAGGAAAGAGUUCCCUGGUUCCCUGCAACAGAGUGGAAUUCCUGGGUACGAUAAUAGACUCCAUAUCCAUGAAGAUAUUACUGACAGAUCAGAGACGUUGCAAGAUUGUGUCCAGCUGUCUUGCCCUUCAGACCUCCUCAAGGCCAUCUGUGGCCCGGUGUAUGGAGGUGAUUUGGCUCAUGGUAUCCAGCAUAGAUGUCAUUCCAUUCGCCAGGUUCCAUCUCAGACCUCUUCAGUUGUGCAUGUUGAGACAAUAGAACGGCGAUCACUCAGAUCUAUCCCAACAGAUCUCUCUGGACAACCGAACGAGGGAAUCCCUCUCUUGGUGGAUCGGUCCAGGACAAUUGUAACAGGGGACAUCCUUCUUGAGAUCAUCCUGGGAGAUUGUGACCAGGGACGCAAGCCUGCUGUUUGGGGUGCCAGAAAGGCACAGGGCAGGUGGACUUGAGAGGAGUCGCUUCUCCCAACAAAUAUUCUGGAACUUCGAGUGAUCUUCAAUGCUCUGAGGGCUUGGCCCCUCCUGGGGUCUUCCCAAAUCAUCAGAUUCCAGGCAGACAAAAUUACCUUGGUGGCUUACAUCAACCAUCGGGGGGAGCGAGAAGCUCCCUAGCCAUGAGGGAGGUAUCUCGGAUUCUGGAAUGGGCGGAGAUCCACAACUGUUUGCUGUCAGUGAUCCACAUUCCGGAUGUGGACAACUGGGAAGCGGAUUUUCUCAGCAGACAAUUGUUUCAUCCGGGGGAAUGGUCUCUCUAUCCCAAAGUGUUUGCGGAGAUCUGCAUCAGAUGGGGGUUGCCAGAGAUAGAUCUAAUGGCAUCCAGACUCAACUUCAAGCUACCCAGAUACGGUUCACGGUCCAGGGAUCCCCAGGCAGAGCUGAUAGAUGUCUUAGCAGUGCCUUGGAAGUUCAAUCUAGUCUACAUAUUUCCACCGUUGCCUCUUCUACCUCGAGUAGUUGCCCUUAUCAAGCAGGAGCAAGCUUAGGCUAUUCUGAUUGCUCCAUUGUGGCCGCAGAGGACUUGGUUUGCGGAUCUGGUGGGGGUGUCAUCGUCUCUUCCAUGGAGGUUACCUUGUCGCAGAGAUCUGCUGGUUCAGGGUGCCUUUCUACAUCAAAAUCUCAAUUCUCUGAGGCUGACUGCGUUGGGAUUGAACGCUUAGCCCUAGCCAAGAGAGUAUUUCUGAGAGAGUGAUUAAUACUCUCAUUCAAGCCAGGAAACCGGUCAUUCGUCGCAUCUAUCAUAAGGUGUGGAGGACCUACUUGUCCUGGUGUGAGGAACGUGGAUAUCCCUGGCAUAAGGUAAGGGUAUCCAGGAUUCUGUCCUUCCUCCAGGAUGGGUUGGAGAAGGGACUUGCCGCCAGUUCCUUAAAAGGACAGAUUUCUGCCUUGUCUGUACUGUUACACAAGAUGCUUGCAGAGCUUCCUGAUAUUCAGUCCUUUGUUCAGGCUCUGUCUAGGAUCAGGCCUGUCUUUAGAAGUUCCGCUCUCCCUUGGAGCUUAAAUUUGUUUCUUAAGAUUUUGCAGAGGGCUCCGUUUAAGCCUAUGCAUUCGCUUGACAUUAAACUUCUUUCCUGGACGGUUCUAUUCCUACUGGCUAAUGCAUCGGCACGCAGAGUCUCUGAGUUGGCGGCCUUGCAAUGUGAGCCUCCUUACCUGGUUUUUCAUGCCAAUAAGGUUGUUCUUUGCACUGGGUUGGGAUUUCUUCCCAUGUUUGUGUUGAAUCGUAACAUCAAUCAGGAAAUAGUUCCUUCCUUGUGUCCUAACCCUUUUUCAAAGGAAAGGUUGCUUCAUAAUUUGGAUGUGGUGCGAGCCUUGAAGUUCUAUCUUCAGGCCACAAAAUAAUUCAGACUAACUUCGUCUUUAUUUGUUGUGUAUUCAGGGAAGCGCAAGGGGCAGAGGGCCUCUUCCACUUCCCUGUCCUUUUAGUUUAGGAGCAUAAUCCGCUUGGCCUAUGAGACAGCGGGACAUAAGCCUCCUCAGAGCAUUACAGCUCACUCAACUAGGGCUGUGGCCACUUCAUGGGCCUUUAAGAAUGAGGCUUCUAUGGAGCAGAUUUGUAAGGCGGCUACUUGAUCCUCCUUACCUACUUUUACAAAAUUUUACAAAUUUGAUGUCUUUGUUUCAGCGGAAGCAGCUUUUAGGGGAGAGGUUUUACAGGCUGUGGUGCCCUCAGAUUAGGGUCCGCCUUCUUUUUGCCCUCCCGUUUUUUUUCAUCCAGUGUCCCCUAGAGCUUGGGUAUUUGUUCCCACAAGUAAUGAAGAAGGCCGUGGACUCUCUCCUCCCAUUAAGAUGGAAAACAUAAAUUAUGCUUACCUGAUAAUUUCAUUUCCAUCUGUGGAAGGAGAGUCCACAGCUCCCGCCCGUUUCUCCGGUGGGCGGACCUAAAUUUAUUUUUGUUCUUCUGGCACCAUUUAUACCCUGAUAUUUCUCCUACUGUUCCUUGUUCCCUUGGCAGAAUGACUGGGGGAUGAGGGUAGUGGGGGAGGUAUUUAAGCCUUUGGCUGGGGUGUCUUUACCUCCUCCUGGUGGCCAGGUUCUUAAUUCCCACAAAUAAUGAAUCAAGCCAUGGACUCUCCUCCCACAGAUGGAAAUUAAAUUAUCAGGUAAGUAUAAUUUUGUUUUUUAGCUUUUUUUUGGUUCCAUAUUAAAGGCACAUAUAUUGGAUCAUAUUCAACUAAAUAGUGAACCUUCUUCAUUGUCCUUUAUAUAUUAUUUAUAAUCAAAACCAGACUGCUUUAUAUGUACUCUAAUUUAUUUGUGUAUAAUUAAUUUGGGACCAGUAUGUAGGCAUGCAAAUGCAGAAGUAGGCGGCCCCUCAUUGAUUUCUGCUCUUUGAGUGUUGGAGGUCGCAAAAUCUGAUGUGUUGCAAUGAAUAUCCCCUGGGCUGCUUGUGUGACAGGUCUCAUUGGAAUAAUCAGAGAGUGAACUAAAAGUAUAUGAAUGAGAAAGUGAAAUGGCAAGCAGGCAGGCAGGCUUGGUCAAAUGGCUUUUUAUUUUUUAUUCUAUAAUUUUAUUCCACUUACACCUGUCAAACAAGCAGGCCAGGGGAUAUCCAUUGUUACCCAUCAGAUUUUGCAACAUCCAGCACCUACCGCGCAUGGGCGCCUAUAAGUCAGUGGUUCUGCUCAUUAGAUUUUGCAACCUCCGAUGUGUGUAACGUGUUGUGAGUGGUUGGAAAAACUGAUGGACAGAAGCUCCAUUACUUUUGUGCGCCCAUGUGUGGUGUUAAAGGUUUCAAAAUAUAAUGGGUGGUGGGGUUUACGUGUGCGCUUGAAUGCGCAUUUACCGGGGCACAAAUAAGUUUGGAAUGUGCAUGCAUGUGCAGUUGUCAAGGUUGCAAAAUAUGAUGGGCAAAAGAGCUGAUUUAUGCACACUGAUGCUCAGUGUUAGAGUUUUCAAAAUAUAAUGGUCACUAGGGUUGACAUUUACGCUUGCAUGUGCAUUUAGCGGGGCACAAAUAUGUGUGUAAUGCGCAUGCAUGCGCGUUGUUCAAGGUCUCAAAAUCAGAUGGGCAGAAGCGCUGACCUAUGCGCCCCCAUGUGCAGUGUUAGAUGUUGCAAAAUAUGAUGGGUUGAUGUAAGCGCUCGCAUAAGCACUUAGCAGGGCACAAAUGUCUGUAAUGCGAUAACAUAUCUGCACCCAUGCACAGAUCGUAUGGUUGCAAAAUCCGACAGAACACCAGAUUAAUGUUUGUGAAAGAUCACCAGAGUGAGAUCUUUGCAAAUCCAGAUCCUAGCAUGGUGAUUUUUCACAAGCAUAAAUCCGGUUUCGAAAUUCAACAAGGGGCCGCCUACUUCUGCAUUCGACAGCUAGCAAUGGUGCCGAAUGUCCAUGGUUGCUGAUAUGAUGUUCAUGACCUCCCUUGAGUAGAACAAGUUACUUCCCAUAAACAACCUUAUUUACCAUUUUCUAUAGAUAGUAUAAUUUUACAAUUUUUUACACUGUUGUUGAUUGUAAGAAUCUGUUUUUGUAUAGAGGUUUUUAUUUCUUUCUUUAACAUUCACUCUCCUCAACAAUCAACAUAGUACUCCAUUUUUUUGAGCAGCAGGUAAACUAAAAGCCACUUUAAACUGAAAAUUAUGUACAACCAACUCCUGGGAUUCUACUGUUCAUUGGCAGGCAAGGACGACACCCACAGAAAAAAAUGGUUUAUUCAGCACAGUCAAAUCUAUUUUUCAAAAACAAAGCACCGUGAUUCAUUGCGAAACAUGUUCUUUUAAAUACAUCGGUAAAAAACUUAGUGUCAUGUCUCUUUAAUGCUUUUACCUUUGGUUUAACACCAAUUUAAAAGGACAUUCCAUUCAAAUAUUAAAUACACAUAGAUGGAUUACAUCUUUGAAUAGAAAAUAUGUUUCUAGUGAAAGUCGUCACUGUUUUACUGUUAACAUUUUUCUCUGCAUGUGAAGCAUAGCUAGAUAUUCUCACUGCACCAGCAGUUUAAAUACUGCAGCUGCUCAGAGCACCAGUGGGGUCUGUAUCAUGUCAGGAAUUAAAAAAAAUAGUCAUUACCACAUGGUACAAGCACGUUAGGCUCUCUAAGCAAAUGUUGUGUUUAAAAUGCUGGUGCACAGAACAUACUUAAUACACCUUUGAAACAGCUAUAACUUUUCUUAGAAGGGUUUUUGGUAAUAAAUGAAUACUACAAAAAUACUUUUAUUCAAAACUGAAAUUCAUCCAUGUGGAUUCCAAUUUUGUCUGGAAUGUCCCUUUAAGAGCAAUGUGUAACACUUUUAACUCAGGCUUUAUUUGAAAUCCAUUAUUGGUUGGCUUGAUUCUUACAUUGUGUUAAAUAUGAUACCCUGCUUAGGGUAGAACACAUAUGUGAGUAUGUAAUGACAACAGGAGUCUAUAAUAAAAUAGUUUUAUGCACUAAAGGUUGAAGUCUGAGUUGUACAAUGCUGAGUAGAAAAUACAUGUGUUGCUUCAACAGAAAGGUCUUAAGUACAAAUGUGUAAUAAAGGACAUGACUAGAAUAAAUCAGUUUAAUCACA